CGACCGCGUUCCAUUCACGAUUGCCCUUACUAUCGUUAGAUCUUCGAUUCCCUCGCCCUUUCCCCUUCAACACCGAUUCAUUAACUCAUUCAACUUCGAUCCCUGAACAAAUCAAAUUUCCCGCCAUUUUUCUUUGCAUUAAUUUUUUUCGAAUCAAUUUUUCUUCGAAAUCGAUAAAAUAAAUAAGAUAAGUAGAUAAGAUAAAUUUUCUCUUCCCGUAAUUUUUGUUCUGGGAAACAGUGUGUAUAUACGUCUAUCUAAGAGGUAAACGUUUCGAACGUUAAAAAAAAUUUGACAAAGAAAACAAGACGAAGAAAACUUCUCUUUGUGAAAAGAAUAAAAUUCUUUUAUUAUUGAAUGAAAAUUUUGUUAUCUGGUCCGAUAUCCAAAAAAAGAAAUUCGAACGUGCCGAAUAAACAGGAAACUAGAAACUGAACUUAUGAACAUGUUAUUGAUCGGUGACCAUUAGUGCGCCAGCGCAGCGCAAUCCUAAGGGCAAAACAGUAGCAAUCUACCCUCAUUCACGUUUUGUGCAGUGUUCUUGUGUCGUUCCAUCGUCCAUUCGCCGUUUCUAGUUUGACACUUUCAAAGUGUCAUCGCGCGUGGCUAGUAUGUCCGGUGACAGGGACUAUAUUGGAUUUGCAACAUUACCCGAGCAAGUGCACAGAAAAUCGGUUAAAAGAGGAUUCGAGUUCACUCUGAUGGUGUUAGGAGAAAGUGGCCUUGGAAAAUCUACUUUAAUAAACAGUCUCUUCCUUGGAGAUCUUUACAAAGACCGACGAAUCCUUGAUGCAGCUGAACGCAUUGAAAAAACAACAACGAUAGAAAAGAAGACAAUGGAUAUCGAAGAACGUGGAGUCAGGCUACGUCUAACGAUCGUUGAUACACCAGGAUUUGGCGAUGCAGUAAAUUGUGAGGACACUUGGAAAGCAUGUUCAGCUUAUAUCGACGAACAAUUUCGACAAUAUUUCACAGACGAAAGUGGAUUAAAUAGGAAGAAUAUUCAAGAUAAUCGAGUACAUUGUUGCUUAUACUUUAUACCUCCUUAUGGUCACGGACUUAGACAAAUUGAUCUGGAAGUAUUGAAACGAUUACAUCGUAAAGUAAAUGUUGUUCCUGUAAUUGCAAAGGCGGAUACAUUGACUACUUACGAAGUAAAAAAAUUAAAAGAACGAAUCCUUACUGACAUCGAAGAACAUGAAAUUCAGAUAUAUCAAUUUCCGGAUUGUGAUAGCGAUGAAGAUGAAGAAUUUAAGCAACAAGACAAAGAGCUUAAAGCGUGCAUCCCGUUUGCUGUAGUCGGUAGUUCAACGGUGCUCGAAGUCGCGGGAAAGAAGGUUCGUGGUCGUCAAUAUCCUUGGGGAGUGGUAGAAGUGGAAAACCCGAAGCACAGUGAUUUCGUGAAAUUAAGGACAAUGCUGAUAUCUACGCAUAUGCAAGAUCUGAAAGACGUCACGCAAGAUGUACAUUAUGAGAAUUUCCGGGCACAAUGCAUUUCACAAAUUUCACAGCAAGCUAUUCGGGAACGGAGGUAUUUACGCAUUAAACUGAAAAGAGAUUCGGGUCCACAUUUCGAAAACAGCAUAUCAGACACAGAUAGACUACUUUUGCAGAAAGAUGAAGAGAUAAGAAGAAUGCAAGAUAUGCUCGCACAAAUGCAAGAGAAAUUAAAAGCUACAGGACAAGUUGGCCCAGGAAUUGGUCUCAGAGGAAGAGUCGGCAGUCUUGGAAACGAUUUAGAUGCCACAGAUGUCGAAAAGAAACGCAACAGUAUUAUAGAUGUUUAAACUCUUAAUUAUAAUACUAGCAUAUAUUAUUAUUGUUGUAAUUUCAUUAAUCGAACUUUUGGUUCUAUGUAAAUGCGCACAAGAUUAUCGAAACAUAUUUCAAAGGACAAGAAAAUUUUAUACGAGUCUAUAGGAGUAUUAUUGAUGCAUUAUUAAAUUAAUCAUUAGGUGGUUAAUCAUGUUUUAUGAACAAGUUUUUACUUUUAUAUUUAUACUGCUUGUAUAGUAGAAAUAAUAUUAUAUAGUUAAAAUAUUAUCAUGUCACGUAAAUUGUGUUUUAAUAUUAUUCACAACAUGAAAAGAUUGUAUUUGUAUCAUGCUGUAUUUAUAAAAAUGAAAAUAAUAGUAAAAGUAAAAGAAAAAUAUGA